ACACAGCUGGUGUUAAGCUGGGCUCAGGUUUCAUUGGGCCCUGUCUGGCCUGAGCUCACUUUUUUCAGCCCCCCAGCCUGUGAUGUAAAGUAGCUUUGCGCAAUGCUGCUGCAGACAUGUAGAAAGGGCCCUCCGGUAGAAAGGGCAUAAAUCCACCUGCAGUCACACCACCCCAAGGGGAAGAGGUACUGUGGGGAGCUCGCCUGAGGGGUAACAGUGUCGGAGGGGCAGCGGAAGGGCUUCACACACCAGGACAGAGUUUUUCUUUCAGCAGACACCGUGGAGGCAAUUUUCCAACAUGAAUCUGGUAGCAGAUCUUCUCUGUUUGUUGGCUUGCCUUACCCUGGUGACUUGUGACAGGGUCUACGUCCACCCUUUCAAUUUGUUUUCUUUCAACGAGAGUGACUGUGACAAGCCAGAAAAAUUGGUUCAGGAGGGAAAGAUGAAAACUAUUGUCCCCGUCUCCAUUGAGUCUCAAACCACACCAGCCUACGAAGAUGACUUGAAUGACAAGGACACGUUGGAACCCCUGAGCGUAAAUGGCUGGGGGAAGGAGGAACCAGGCUACAUGAAGGACUUGGUGUACAUCCUGGGAGUGCGGUUUUACAGCAUGCUGCGGAAAGCGCAGCAGGGCCAAAAUGUGCUUCUGUCCCCAACCAGUCUUUACAGUUCCUUGGUGUCUUUCUACCUGGGCGCCUCAAAUCAAACAGCACUUGAUUUGCAGGGUUUGCUGGGACUUGUUCCCCCCUCUGGAAACCCUGACUGCACUUCCAGGGCAGUGGGAAGCAAUUUCCUUUCCAGCCUGAGGACAAUCGAAAGCCUCAUGAAGAGUAGGGACGAGGAGCUGCUCUUUUCCAAGACACUCUGCCUGUUCUCUGCCCCUGGAAUAUCUCUAUUUGAACUGUUCAUGCAGGACUUGCUCCACUCUGCUGAUGCUUUCUACGCCCGAGCUGUUGACUUCACAAAUCCAAGUGAGGCAGCAAAACAAAUAAAUGCCUUUGUGGAGGCCAAAAGCGAGGGCCAAAGCAAGUCCUUACUGACAGAUAUCGAUCCAUCUGCAGACCUGCUGUUUGCGGUGGACGUCUGCUUGGCAGUGAAGGUUAAGCAAGCCUUCCAGCUGAAAGAGCCUCAGGAGUUCUGGAUGGAUUCAAACACAAAUGUCUUGGUCCCUAUGUUGUCCAUCAUGGGGACAUUCCAGCACAAAACUGAUGCCAGUGGGACUUUCUCUGUGGUGGAAGUCCCCAUCAGCAAGACGGCACUGCUGGUGCUGCUGCAGCCCAUCAAUGGCAGUGACCUGGAGCACGUGGAGUCUGAGCUGACAUGGCAGUCCUCGGCCUGGCUUCAGCGGCUGUCCCCAAGAGAAAUUAAAUUAACGCUGCCGGCGUUAAGAAUAGAAGACAGCUCUGAUCUACAGGAGCUUCUUGCAGAUAUGGAACUGCCGGCACUGCUGGGGAAGGGGGCAGAUUUCAGUAAAAUAAGCAACACCAAUCUAACAAUUGGAAAGGUAAUAAAUAAAGCCCUUUUCAAACUGACCAGUGAUGAAACAGAUCAGGCAGAAGAUCCUGCAGCACAGAAGGAAGAUGGGGUGUACCUGGAUGUAACGCUGAACAAGCCGUUCCUUUUUGCUGUUUUGGAAAAGAAGUCAAGGGCAAUGCUUUUCCUUGGCAGAGUAACAAACCCUCUGCAUGAGGUUUAAAUGCAAACACAGGGGAUAAGAAAGGAAGGGAAUGAUGCCAUUUCCCAUCACCAUUUUCUUAUUCAUCGGCUAUUUUUGUGAUGUUGUUGAGUGCUCUACUUAGAGAUGAAGCAGUUAGUGUUUGAAAUACAGCUUUUUGAAAGCUAACACAUUGCAGCAUUUCAUCCUCAUUCAUCAGUUUCACGUGAGGUGACACACUCUUCCUCCAGCUUCUCUUUUUAUUCUCACUUUGUCUCCCUUCUGCUCCCAGCUCCCUUUUUGGAUGCAGUGGGGCAGGGCAGUGUUUCAAUGCAAGGCAUCGACUUUAAAAAAACAGUUUUAUAAGCACAAACAGCAUUUACUAUAGAAAGGUAUAGAAAAGGACCUCUUCAUUCUUUAAGAAGCUGUUUAAAUUUUUUGUUUGGUCAGUUUUGCAAGAGAGAGACUGCCUUUUACAUUACAGUGAAAAUUUUGCAAUUAUCCACAGAAAUUUUCUAGCUUUAUCAGCAACAUUUUCCUUUAAAAAGCUGUCAACAGCACAGGCAGGCUUUGCUUGUCCCACUGAGACAAGAUUUUUUGCCUUGAAAGCAAAACCACGCUUAGAGGAAGUUUCUUGUUUCUGCAGCCCAGACGGAUACAUUAAUUUCUUAACUCUAUGGAAAUGCUAAAAAUAGGGCUUGGUAGCAUUAAUGAACUGUGAUGGAUAAAUUCUCAGAGCGGGACAGAAUUAUCUCUGAUUUUUUUAGGGAAAAAAAAAAAAAAAAGGCCUACUAUUCCAAUACAGUUGCAUUCCUUAGAUUACAUCCUAACCU